AUCUCACCUAUUCGCCAUUUUGAACUUCGCGAUCGUUGCAACUUUUGGCGCUUUACCGGUGUACCAAAAUAGUGUCAACACCCCGUUCAACCUCAAUUGAUGAAGUCAGAGAGAGUCCAUUAACCCAGGAUAAACUUCAAUGAUGAAACUUUAAUUCUGUGUUGGUAUCUUUAUCCAAAAUCAUAUGAUAAGGUGUGCAUUGUCGCUUAGAAGUGAUCACUUCCGAACUGGAAAACUGAAUUACCGAGUGUAGUUGCAUGCAUGGUGUAACUGUCGUAGAUGUUCGUAAACGCGAGGAUUCAAUGGGGAAACCGUAAACGACGCAACACGCACUCCCUCACGUAAACAUUGCCAAAACUUUACACAGACCCUUCAUUGAAUCACGAAUUUCUCUUGAUUGACCUGUCCUGUCUGUGUGUAGCGUUCCAUACCCAGGGCUGUAACUCGCUGCCAGCCCGUGGCAGUGGAAAUAUAUUUGCAGUCAAGCAUUUGCAAUGAUGCAUGCUGCCUCGGACACCUUCGCCAUGUUUUGGAGGUUUGGUAUGCCGACGACGUCACAUAUUGACACGUUGCUAGAAAAAGAGGAUGUCACUUUAACAGAAGUACUAGAGGAAGACGAUGUAUUACAGGAAUGUAAAGGACAGAACAGGAAACUUAUAGACUUCCUGGUAAGGACAGACGUGAUAGAGGAGCUAGUCAACCUGAUAACGACUGAACCGUCCCAAGAUCUACAUGAAUCUGUACAGUACAAGAACCCCAACAUGGCCUGUGAGCUUCUCACGUCAGACGUGGCCGCUAUAUGCGACAAAUUAGCAGACACAGAUACUGCUUUCACAAAUUUAUGGAAGUUCUUAGACAGACCAGCCCCACUCAACCCCCUCCUAGCAAGCUUCUUCAGUAAGACGAUAGGAUCGUUGCUAUCCAGAAGACCGGAGGUCGUCGUCGAGUUCAUCAAAAGCAAAGAGGACUGCAUAGGCUUGCUCCUUUCUCAUUUAGAAGUGUCUGCUAUAAUGGAUCUUAUUCUUAGGCUAAUCACAUGUAUUGAAUCACCAGAAAUCAGGAUAUCAUUCCUCAAUUGGUUAAACGAUCAAAGGUUUAUCCAGAGAUUAGUAGACCUCAUAGAUACAGAACAGUCAGAAGAUACGCAUAGCAACGCAGCGCAGACGUUAUGUGAUAUCGUCAGACUCACUAGGGAACACAUGUCACAAUUACAAGAAUGUGCAGAGAAUGAUCCUUUACUCACAACAAUAGAAAUGGAAGAAACUGUAUCAGAGUUACUAGAUCACAUGUUCAAGGGCACGAUAUCAGAAUCAGCAAUAGUCAAUGGUAUAUCAGUUCUACUCUCAUUAUUGGAAUUUAGGAAACAAGGGGCUGCAUGGGCAUUGUCCUUUGGUCCAGACGGUCAAGAACAGAUGACCCAACUGGACGCAGAGAGGUUAGCUAGGGGGGUCAGCGGUACACUCAAAGCAGUCGUCAGUAGGUUAGCAGAUAUGCAGCAGUUAUUAGAAGAUCCACCUGGGAGAAAAGAAAUGUCAACGACAGUCGGCAAGCUAGAACCACCUCUAGGCAAUGUUAGGUUACAAAUCAGUAAAUUAGUCUCUUCACUACUCAUAACAAACACAGCUGCAAUCAAUGCUGAACUAGCAAGACUAGGUACCAUCAAGAAAUUAGUGGAUCUCUUCUUAACGUAUGCAUGGAAUAACUUCUUACAUUUAGAGGUGGAGAAGUCAAUUAGUACAAUACUUUCCAACAACCCAACAGAGUCUGAAGAAGGCAAGACGCAACAUCCGCUCUUAGUACAUCUGUUCACAGAAAGCAAGCUAAUUCCCAAAGUAAUGGAGGCAUGGGAGGAGAAUGAGGUCAUACAGAAACAGGGCAGGUCGAGAAGAGGUUACAUGGGUCACAUGACCAGGAUAGCAAACGCUAUUACGCAGGAGAUGGAGAAAGGAUGCAAUAAUGAACAGAUCAAAUCUCUCUAUCAAGAAUAUAUACCAGAAGAGGUUAGAGAGAAAUGGAGUUCAUUUCAAGCUGGAAGUCUAGCAGAAACUAACAAGAGGAAUCUAGUUGAAUUGGUUGGUACCCAUCCGCUGCAUUCAUCAAGCGAAGACGACGAUUCUGACUUCAAGGACAUCGACUUUGGCAAAGACACGGCUUUACAACAGGCCUUCUCCGAUUAUCAGAUGCAACAAAUGACGUCCCAUUUUAUUGACCAGUUCGGCUUCAACGACGAAGAGUUUGCAGAGCAAGAGGAGAACGUGAACAACCCAUUUGACAGGAUCUCAGAUAUCAACUUCUCAAUAUCCGCCAACGAAGACAACCCCAACUCUGCUCUAUUUGAAGCAUGCUGCAAUGAAAGAGUACAACCCUUUAACGAUAGUAAUAGUGAUGAUGAAGAUAUCUGGGAGGAUAAAGAGAAAGAGCUCACGUAUACAGCGAAUGAUGAACUCAGGUCAAGUGAUGUAUCAAAGAACGAAGUGGGCAGCGACCAGGCCAACCAUAGUAGUGAUGAAGAUGAAGACGAAGGGGAUGAAUCGAGAGAUAACACACUAGAAGAGUUCCCUCCUCUAGGUAGGCCGUCUCAAAGCCCUCUUGCUGCUCAGAAUGGAGAUGAUGUCAAGAUGGAUGUAGACUCAGAAGCAUGGCAAGCAAACUUUGAACAAGCACCCGUUGCCAUGGAUACGACCCCAAGUGGGUGGGAGCAACCUACAUCGUCAACAGGAGACGAGGAUACGGGCUGGGCCAACUUCAAUGAAUUUAAUGCUAACUUUACUCCUGAUGAUGGUUCAUCUGGACCGAGGAGUAGCUCACCCGUCGCGAUGGAAAGCGAGCCUUCGUCACAAGACAGCAAGGAGGCCAGUGAAGCCAUGGCGCUGCCAUCGUCACCUAGUCCCAGUUCUGAUGUACAAAGUUCAACAGAUACUGCAAGGAGUUCAGCGUAUGUUGUAUCAAGUAGUUCUUCUGAGCAAGCAACGGUUAGUGAAGCAUCACCCAAUACUUCUACAGAAGCUCUUCAAGAUCAAUCAGAAGAAAAGGCAAUGGUAGUAGAACCAUCAGCAUCUUCUGUUGACGACAGGAUAUCACAAGGAGGGGAGGACAAUCCACCUAGCCAGCAGUCUAACGACCAAACUUUAAACAAUGCAGUUAGUAGUUCAUCUGAUCCCAAAGGACCAUUAACAAAUGCAGCUUCGGCUGAGCCCCAGCAAGUUCCAAUGGACCUACCUGUUAGUAAUCCUGUUCAAAGUCAGCCGGACACGGCUCCUAUAGUUGAGAAUGACUCUAAUAUUAGUAGUAAUCAAGUAUCUGUGAUCAGUAGCCUUGCAUCACCAGUUAUUUCUAGUCAAGACUCGCCGUCUGUGAAUAUACCUCUCUCUAAUUCAAAUCCCAACUCCCACGCGGAGGUCCCUCCAAGCACCGGCUCGGUGAACCCUAGCUUGAACACGGACUUGCCUAGCGAGAAAUGCGGCAUGAGCAACACCGCGCUUCAUACGAACCCCGGACAGUGUAUACCCACCAUGGGUUGCAACGCUGCGGAUCCAAAUAACUUAUCUCCCGUCGAGAACUUGAGUAAUCACGCCAUGGUCAACGACGUCGGAAAUGCGGACGUCGGCAUCAACAUCAAGGCAGAUUUGAAGAUGGAGCUCAGUGAGGAGGUUUCGUCGCCGACGACAUCGCCCGUCGAUGGAGACAGCAGUCCGGAAGCGGCUGUGACGAUCUCGCCGGUAACGACGAACCAGGACAGCAAUAACGUUCAUUCAGAUCUAAUCAACAAUGAUGCUAACUUAUCACCAGAAGGGGACACUUCAGAUAAACUAAGUUUUAUUGCCAAGUCUGAAUUUAUGAAGUCUGGAGCUAGUUCACAAUCACCCAGCUCACCGAGCCCUAAUGGACCUCUUGAUCUCCAGGACGCUCAACAUAAUAGGAAUGAUUCGUCAGAAAAUAUUGACAUUCAGGUGACUGCAGUAACUCAGAAUGGACCCGUCUGACACAACUCUCCACCCCCAUAAUACAUGUAGAACUGUCCAUGCUGCCAUCCACCCAACAGUGCCAUUUGGUGCAGUCCACUCCGCGAGAGGGAGGAGAGGAGCGUUGCAAUCGGAGGGGAGAAAUCAAUGCCCACAGUGCUCAUGAUACGCAAGACAUUUUCCAUGAUCAUCCGCAUAUUUUCAAAUGUUUAGUCUCACCGGAUGAUAUAUUUUCCUGACGAUGCACCAGUCACUUUCUGAGCAGUGGUAAGGCUCGCUUUGGAGCAAACUUCCCUGGACGUAGUUAUGACAUCCUUUUAUAGUCAACUUUUAGGUAUUUCUAUUGGUAUUUAAUUAUCGGCAGGUGUGAAAAAUAAUCCAGAUUUAUUUUUUCUAUGAUUUUCACGUUUGGAAAACGCUUUCACACUCAAUUACUGAUGCUACUGAAUGCUCUAUGUUUAUUUGUCUUUGAGAGAUGUAUUUGCUUGUAUCUCAUUUUAUUUCACUUGUUUCGUUUUAAACUGAAAUGCAUAUACCUCACAGGAUUACUUGUGUUUUUAAAGCAAACAGGUAUUUGGUAUGUUCGGCUGCUCGGUGCGAAGCGCAGCCCUUGUGCCGUGGGUUCAACAAGGCAUUACGUACAUACCAUACUUUCCCCAGAGCAUGUGAUUAUGUCGCUUGUAAACUUUCUGUAGAAAUAUUUCUAAUCCUAUGACCACCAAUUCCUCCAAUGGGAAUUUGUACCGCGCUAUUGUAAGGGAGGGCCAUCAAACAUGACUUUGUGACACAUGGGUUGUCAGAAUUAAUUUCUGGGGAGCGUUUCAUGAAAGGACUUGUUGGACGUUCUAUCCGGUAGUUACUAUAGUUACAAGGCUUCUCAGCCAAUCAAAAUCGAUGAAAGUUGUCAGAUAGUACAACUUGUCGGAUAGAAAUGUUAAUGAAACACUCCCCAUGACCCCAAAACUCCAAGAAUUGAUUUUCAUAAAAAAUCAAAAUACUGUAAAGUAAGUGAGAUGUAUGUAAACUUGGAGGCCCCUAUUACAUAAAGGGUAAAAGUUAAUUGUAUUGUAGGACUGAUUUCACAAUGCAUUGAUGAUCAUGUGCAAUCGAUUGUAAAAAAAAUCAGUCAUACCAUCAACUACUACGCUUCUCAUUUAUUGCCUAGAUUAAUUGUAAUGGAAAUGAAUUUACUGUGUGAUAACGGCUCUUUUGUUCUUCCACUAUUACACUGAUCUCAUGCCAAAGCAAUUGUUUGUAAAAUCAAUUCACAUGUCAGACAUAACUCUGUAAAGCAUAUCAAAUCUUCAAAAUAAACAUACUGUUUUACAUAAUCAUAUUAUUCAUUUGUGAUGAGGAUGUAUCAAUGAGUUCUAGGCAUUCAGGAAAAAAAAAAUAUAUAAAACAGCUGUGAGGUUGUGAGGUCAUUUUCUGGGCGAAUUCAAGUAUUAAUAUUAUUUCAUUUGCUAUGCUCCAAAGGUAUUAUAGAAUCUAUUCUUCACUCAAAGGACAUCAAACUAUAUUCUUAUUCACCAAAGUUUUGUGGUAAUGAUUGUUUGAGAUGAAUUGGUUUGUCAAUCAUGGUGUAACAUAUUACAAAGGGGAAGGGGAUUGGCUAUGCUGCGUCUGCUACAUUCCUAGUUCAUAUUUCACAUUAGAUAAUUAGCAGGGAUGUAGUCUAGGCCGGCCUCAAGGCUACAUUUUGCCGGCCUCGGCCUGGGUCACAUGUUCAAAGUCCAUGGGAGGUUUUCUCUAACGGCCUCAUGACCGGCCUUGCCUACAUCCCUUAUGAUAAGAUAGCUAAUGUUUCUAUUUUCCUAACUCCAAUGAGAAUACUCUGUGCCGAAAUGAAAGCAUGUUGUUAUUUGCUUGAAAAUUAAAUAUUUACCUCAAGUAAUCGGCGAUCAUUCAUCCUUGGUUCGAUGGUGUGAAGUUAUCUUUGCCCAGAAGUUUCUUAAGCAACGGUAUUGUUUCUGUGUUAAAUUUUAUUUGAUUUCUUAACGCAUGGGCUUUGAAUAUAUGUUAACUAGUUAUAACGGACACUUGUGUUUUAUGCUGAAUAAUUGUGAAUGUGUUUUGUUGAAUGUCGAGGGGUUAUGCUGAAGUGAUAGCAAGGGCCUUUUGCACGAAAACUUGCAACCAAUCACAAAUCGAAAAUGAAACGCAAUUUGACCUACAACCAAUCAAAAGCACACAUUUGUGAUUUGUGUUUGAUUUCAAUGCAACUUUCUCUGCAUCAGGCCCCAGUUGCCCAAAUGUGAUUUGUUAACUAAUUUUUAAAAAGCGAUUGAAUGGUCGUCAUUAUUUUUCAAUUCAAUGCAAUUUAUAUAAUUUCUUUUUUUAAGAAUCAGUGUUUUUUUAUAAGCAGCUGGGAUUUGAUUUAUGCAGUUUGAGCUAUGGCUGUUUGGUGUUUGGUUUUACACGGUAUGUGCUGUCCCCAUACUGUUCACAUGUGCACUUAAUCAACUAGUUGACACAUGCAUAUAGAUGUGUUCACAUUUUAUCGUAAAUCUGCGUUAUUGUUUGGAAAUCACAUUUCCCGUAUCAAUGUAUGUGAACAUAUAUUUUAAAACACGAAAGGUAUAUAUGGACAGGACAAUAAAGCUGUGUUCAUAUUCAGAUAAAUUUAUGAAUUUCUGUUACCCUUCUAAUUAUCAUUUUCAAUAUUUACAGACUUGAAAAAAGAAAUCGACUCCAAACCCCUCUGAUGUAUCAGAUUUUGCAUUGGCACUUUCUCAUCGUCAUAUUCAGUAAAAUUUUAAUUUGUGUGAACACCCCUGUAGUUCUAUUCACUGCCUGACACAUGCGUGUGUUCUGUUGAAUGUUCUGUGUGGGGACAGUCCAAGUGUUUUCUCAUGUAAUGAAGGGAUUAGGACUGUUCCCAUACACACAGUAUGGGGACAGCAGUGACCUUUUUACGUGGUUUGUAGUCCAAUGCUGAACGAUGAUUACAUUUUAUCUGGCAGGGAAGUCUAUAAUAGUUACUAGAAUAUACAUAUCAUAUGGCAUGAAUAAAGAGGAAUAUUUUUAUGUCAUUAAGUCGAUUAUUACAUAUCACUUGUGUAUGUGCCAUUUGAAAGAAAUGAUAAAAAAAGAGCAUAUGUAUAUUUGUUAUAACAUUUGUAAGAUACAUUUCAUCAGAUGUCCUUUCAUUUUAAGUACAGUCAAACACGCCAAGAUUGGUUAUUUUUCUCUAUAUAUUUCUUGUAACGUGAGAAAAAUGCAAGUUUUUGACUGAUUGAUGGAUAUUAUCGUUUUUUAUUUUGUUGUGUGGUUAGUAGUUAUAGAUAGUGAGUUUCCUUUCAUAAACCGUCAAUUUUAUAAUUUAUCUUUAAACAAGAGCGAGUGAGAGAGAGAAAUACAUGCAAAAGAUAUUCUAUUAUAAAAUGUACUUCCAGUCUUCAUUGUUUUUAAAACCACAGGAGGGUGAAAUGAUAUAUUGUUGUUUGGCGGCAUAAAGACGCUAAUUAUUAAUGACUGUAUGCAGCGCUUAGCGCCUUUAUGCCUCUGAAGAAACCACUGUUUUGUAAAUAUUAGAUAUUAUACACUGUCCUUACAUAGGACACACACGUUAAUCAGUGGGAGGCCAAAUCAGUUUUUGUAUAUUUGUGAGCAGUGUUGUCCAGUGGUAAGAAAUGGUGGAAAUGUGGACCACGGUUGCUUUCUUCGGGGAAUAUGGAACGUAGUUUGCAAAUGGUUUCAGGGAUGUGCGUGACCCCCGUAGUGUCAAAAGGGAGAUAAAUUAGUAAUCAAAAGACCGUUAGUAAAGAAUCUAAAGUCAGUACAAUUCUCAUAGUUAUCUUACCAUAGCAUGAAUUUCAGUUUUCUCUAAAUUUGACCAUAACAGGAUUAAAAUGAAAGAGGAUUAAAGUUGGGGGGGGGGGGUACAGUGAGUCCCUUCUGUCUUGUAUGGGCUUGUAAUUUGAUAUCAAUUGCAAAAAAAGGUAAGCACUUCAUGUGAUCAAGUAUGAAUUUUUCUUAUGUCUUAUCUACUCGUUCUAAUUGUAUCUUGUGAAAUGAUUGCGGAUCGCAUGUUAACACACAUUUCAAAUCAUUAAAUUCAUGCAUAACUUACAAUUUUUGGAACACUGAAUUUGUUUCCCUUCGUAUGUCGCACAUUAACCCCUCAAACAUCAUAAAGAGCACUAUAGAUCACAAAUCUUUGCUACAGGAUGGUAAAAUGAUCCUAACUUGACACAUAGCUAGUAAACCAGGUUGAGAGGCAGUAUAGGGAAAUAUAUAUGGGUAGUGCUUGCUAAUAUUGAGCUUGAUGCUAUUGGUGUUAUAUUGAAGUAUGUCAUGAAGGGAGUCGUAGCUGUUGCAGUGGUGUAAAUGGCUGAAAGUAAUUUGGGGGCCUGUAUCAAAGCUUUGCAAUGGAUUACUAGUUAUAAAUGAACAAGCCUGAUUUGGUUCUCAGCAGUGGUUUAAACGAAAUGCGCAUGCAACGUGAUUUUGAUUGGCCAUUGCUGUUUAGUGAUUGAUUGCAAACCCUUUGUGAAACGGGGCACAGCUAUUCGCUCUGUUGGAUGUUCCUAUUUGAUCGAUCGUAAUUUAUUUUGAUAGUGGAUGUUCUCUCAUUUCUCUCUCACAUGGCCAUCCAAGGUUCACACAGGAAGUGCUUAUUAAAUGUUUUCUCUUACUGGAUUCUUUUGAGAUCCUUAUUUCUAUUUUUUCUGAAACGUGGAAUUAAUGGUCGCAAACAUUUCCUGAAACUUUCCCCAGACGGCUAUUUCAAUGCAAAGUCCUAUCAAAUAUACUGAGGGGGGGGGGGGGGGCAUUGUGAGAAAACCUUUGCAAUCAAUUGCGAAUUUCAGAUGCAAACAUUUCCUGAAACUUUCCCCAGAUGGCUAUUUCAAUGCAAAGUCCUAUCAAAUGUACCAGAGGGCAUUGCAAGAAAACAUUGCAAUCAACUAACAAAGCCGUCUCCAGACUCCUUAAACCUAUUAUUUUGAAUGCCAUGCCACUGGUCAGGUUUGAGAUUUGGCUUUGUUGGUGUGCCUGUAGCGUUACGAGAAUUUGGUGUGGAAAUUGUUCACUUGUGACAAGUUUCACUCAAUCUUCUCGAUGGACUGCAGAAGAUCUAAUUAAGAAUGGUGGCUCGCCCCUCCCUUUCCUUCUUUCUCUCAUGGUGAUAAUGAUGUUAUAUUUCUGAGAAAGUUGUACCAGUCUGUCAUCUUCACCGAGAAUUCUUUUUCCACCCUACCUUGUGGAUGGUUGUUUGUAUAUGGUAAAUAAUAAAGGACUUGAUUUGAAUAUUUCAUGGACACAUGCUUUAUCUUGAUUCAAUUGUUAUGAUGGUGACAACAAAUAGAAAAUAAAAAAGGAAAAAAAAGAAAGAAAAGGAGAAUUGCUAAUCACAAAGUAUGUAUAUGAUUUUACUAAACAGAUCUUGUGUUUUCUUUUAGAUCUGUUGGAAGAUCGGAGGAGUAUUGAUCAUAGUGUAGUAUUGUUGAUAAAAACUUGUAACAGAAGAGGGUUAUAAAUAAUAAAUAGUUAUUUCCAUCUUCCCAUUAA